AUGGCCAACAAGAGGAGCAGGCCGUCGUCGCAUGCAUCCACCUCGGCGCGCCGUGGAUCCGACUCUGACGAUGCUUACCAACCUCCCAAGCGCAAGCGCAGCCGCCUCACGCGAUCCCAGAGCCGCGGCCGUGUCAAGGAAGAGAAAGAGGAGCUCGAUGACGACGACGACGACGACAACGUAGCACGCCCCUUUGUCUACAUCAAGCCCUCGCCAAAAUCAUCGAGGAGCCCAGCGCAUCGACGCUUCUCGCCCUUCCUGCACAUCUCCUCGAGCGACCUCGACUGUCCGGGCCCCAGCAGCCGACCCGCGCAGCGGCCGACGGCGUGCGACUCCGCGGCCGACGACGACGACGACGACGAUGGCGAGAUGGACGAGCCGCAUACCGAAAGCGACAGCGAGAGCGAGAGCGAAAGCGAGAGCGAAAGCGAGAGCGAAAGCGAGAGCGAAAGCGAGAGCGAAAGCGAGAGCGAAAGCGAGAGCGAAAGCGAGAGCGAGAGCGAGAGCGAAAGCGAGAGCGAGAGCGAGAGCGAUGGGCACCACAAGGCGCCGCGAAAGCGUCGAAAGGUGCAGGCGCCUGUCAAGCGCAAGUCUGCGCCCGUUCGGAACAGCGAGCCAGCCACGAUCGUCGAGGUGGUCAUCGAGCAGUCCAAUCGCCAGUCCUGGCAUACGCCCAUGCGCUUCCACAACAGGCACGGCCAGCCGAGCGCCAUUCCGCAGAAACGGUCCUCGCCGAGCAAGAAGCCAAGCAAGAAGAAGCCCGCUCCGACGCCGCGGAAGCGCCGUUCGCCUUCAACGGACCUCGACGUUCCCGACACGAUCAUCACACCACCGCGGCAGACGCCGGCUGCCCAGGCUCCAGCCGAGCCGGCCGCCUCGCUGCGCCUGGCACCGAAUGGCAUACCUGCGCGUCGAAGGAUGGUCGAAGCCGAAGAGGACGACGAAAAGGAGAUCGCGCUGCUCGAUCCCCCCAAACCACCGACGUCCUCGAAAGCGGGCAGUCCAACGAGGGCGCACGACCAGCAGAGCAACGACGUGAUCGUCGUGUCGUCAUCUCCGGCGGCCGUCGCAGCCGAAGAACCCGAGCCUGAGCACGACACCAAGCAGCUCGAGGAGGCCAGGGAGGAGUCGCCACCGCCGGCCGCCCCGCCCGCCGAGGAGAGCGACUCGGACGAUGAUGCCAUGCUCGAGGAGCUGCGUGCGCUGCUCGAGGCAGACGGCGCCGGCAGCGAGACGGACGAUCCGAACGAAUCCUACGAGCAGAAGCGCCAGCGCCGGCUUCGGCAGAACGAGGCGCUGCUCGCCCAGCUCGGACUCGCAGACAUUGAUGGCACACGCCCCAAUCCGGCCAACGACGGCAGUGCUAGCCAGAACGUCGGCGAGGACCAGGGCGAACACGCCCUUGAGCACGCUCAGAAUCCCGGCGAGUCGAGCCAGGCGAACGGCGCAGCCAGCGGCGCCCCCGCGGCGACCAAGAAGCGCAAGAAGUACGUGCGCAAGAUCCGCUGGGCCGACGACGGCACCACCAAGGACGAUCCGCUGCCCGGCACCAAGUUCGCCGUCGCCUACGUCGAGAUAUCGCAGAUGCGCGAGCGGCACAGGAACGAGUACCUUCGCCUCGAGGACCUACCCGACCCCAUCGUCGAGGAGCCCUGGAGCGAGCCGGAGGAGGAGGAAGACGGCGACGGCGACGACGAGGCCGUCGACGAAGGCGGUGCGCCGAAAGCGGGGGGACGCGGCCGCAAGGGCGCCAAGAGCAAGAAGCCGAAGCUGGACGUGGGGGCCAAGCCGAAGAAGGUCAUCGACUGGAACGCACCCGGCACCACGUGCCACCAGUGCCGCCGCAAGACGCUCGACGACAAGAUGCGCUGCACCUGCACUCGGGGCGACUCCGCUUGCACCCUCUACUUUUGCAAGCGCUGCAUCGAGAUCCGCUACGGCCUCGAGUUCGACGCCGGCGCCACCGACUUCCACUGCCCACGCUGCAUGGGCUUCUGCAACUGCUCCAUCUGCCUGCGCAAGGGCGGCCACGGCAGCCAGCUGGUCGAGACGGGCCCCAACAGCAAGCGCAUGUUCUCGCUCUCGCACAUCGUCCGCGGAGCCAAGGGCGACCAGCGCUACAAGAGCGUGCGCGACUACAUCCAGGCCGUCGUCGGCAAGCAGGAGCUUCAGGGCGCGGGCGAGCAGGCUCAAGAGGACGGCCGAGCGGGGCCGAGCACGAGCACGAGCGCAGGCACCGGCGGAAAGCAGAGUCAAAGGCGACAGCCCACACGAAACGAGAGCAGCUACGGCGCGAGCGCAGACGGGCAGGACCAGCUCGUGGAUACCCCAGCGCAGGCCGAGAGCGAGGCAAACGGGCCUCUCGACGUCACAAGCGCCUCGCGAGGCUACAGCCUGGCCCAAGCAAGCAACGAGACGCCAAAGGAACGGUGGCCGAACCUGGAUGUCGGCGGGGACCCGCUGCGAGAGGACGACAAGGGCCGGCAGCGCGCAAGGGACAUCAAGCACUCUCUUUGGGGCACCCACAGCAUCUCGUCCGACGACCUCACCUCCGACGAGUCAUCGCUCUCGUCUGCCGAGUCCGACCAGCCGAGGACGCGUUCGGCCUCGUCGUCGCUGUCGGCGCCGCAUCCGCCCCCGACGCCGCGGUACAGCACGGUGCGCCUUCUCGACGACACCGGACGGCCCUCGCUCAAGUUCCGCUUCGUGCCGCAGCGACGGACGGCGCUGAGCGUGGCGGAGCUGGCGUCGAACCCGGUCGAUGAGGCCGGACGCGCCAUCCUGUUCCGAGGCGCAGCGGCGACGGCCACGCCAGAGACCAAGACGAAGACGAAGACGACGACGGCGACGACGAUGACGAGGGGCCUCGCUGGCCGACCGCACGCGGCCAAGAUUGCAAAGGAGGAAAAGGACGUGUGGGUGCGCGGACCGGCCGACCUGAGCAGCGACGACGAGAGUUGUGGCCUGUCGGAGUACGAGGACGCCAAGCUCGACGUUCAGCUGGGCUCGCGGGCGUAG